AUGGGUUCAAUUUUCUCUUGCUUAAGCGGUAUCGUCAGCUCAAUCGCUUCAUUAUUCUCUGGUCUUAUCUCUGGUAUUGCCGGUUUCUGUCAAUCUAUUAUCCAUGCCAUUACUGGUUGUAUUACUGGUAUCUUUAACGCCAUCGGUAGAUGCUUGUCCUGUGGUCGAGGUGGAGGAGGAAGACGCAGAAGAGGACGAGUCUAA